UGGUUUGUUGAUUGACAGUCACACCAAGUUUGGCUGACAAGAACCCGACUAUCAGCUAAGGUGGGCAGUGUUUUGUAUCCUGUGAGCAAAUUAUCGUUGCAAUCCCUUGACUUGUAUCAUACCAGCAUUUAGUUUGCUUGGCAAACUGCAUUGUCUUGUGCUAUUGCUGUAAUCGCUUCAAUUGGAGUUUUAUCUAUUUCGUGCGUGUCCUGUUUUUGUUGACUUUGUGUCCCAAGUUUUUCUUUUCUCUUUUCCUAGUUUUGUCAUUGCAGCGACAGUGUUGUUCAUGAAGAUUUUGUAGUGACAAUCGCCAAAGGCUCAACUUCGUAAGCAUUGUCUUGGUUUUUCUAGUGUGAUGCGGGCUCUCGGAUUUGUUUCAGGAAAAUCCUUGAUGAUAAGUUUUGGGUGGAGAUGAUGGUGUCCUCGUUUAUGAGGUGAUUUGAGAAAAACAAACAGUCUUUGGUCUUACACGACUGCUACCAAAAUCUCCGCGUUGUCAAGAACAGAUCUCAGCUCAACUCAUCACGAGAAAUGCUCCACAUUCUAACGAGCUUUUGCAAUCCCUUGGGUGGAGAGGAACUUAUCCUCCUUUGUGAGGUGAUUCUCUAAUGCUACUCCAUUUUACUCUUUCUUUCCAGUCUUUGGUCUUACACGACUGCUACCAAAAUCUCCGCGUUGUCAAGAACAGAUCUUAGCUCAACUCAUCACGAGAAAUGGAUAAGUUUUGGGUGGAGAGGAACUUAUCCUCGUUUGUACGAGAUUUGACAAGAACAAACAGUCUCUGAUCUUACACGACUGCUCCGCGUUGUCAAGGACAGAUCUUAGCUCAACUCAUCACGAGAAAUGGUAAGCUAGCGUUUUUUUUUGUUUCGUUCGCUCGUGAAACACUCUUAUGGACGAAACAAAACAAGGAGACUCCAUCCAUCGAAUUUAAUGAGAGUUCCUCGUUGACAGAAGAACUGACAAUCGAUCACUGGGGAAACUCCCAUUAGUUUGGAGCUUCUCUCCAAUCUUAACGAAUUUUAACGCUCCAAGACUACCGUUGUGUGGCGUUUUUGCUUGACCGGAUUCGAACCGGCGACUCUUUAAUGUCAAAAGAGGCCAACGGCUCCUUCUCGGCUGGCCUGGUCUACACGGAGGAAGCUCGUAAGAUACGAGGGUUUCUUGGUUUUUCUAGAAGAGAGCUUUCUCUCGCCAAUCUUCCUAGAUCUCUGGAGGGGCUCAUUCAUCGCGCGCGCCAGCGACCGAUUCAACGCUGCUGUCAAGGCGGCUUGCGGCUUAGGGUUUUCGAUGAGAUUUCGCCUCGCCAAGGGGUUUCUAGCAGGGAUUGAUGGACAGGGACAGAGUCUGGGCGAUAUUUCUCGUCGCCGUGGUUCUAUCGAUCGCUCACGCGGCAGCGGCUUCGAUCGGCAAAGAAUGUGAUGCUAGAGCAGUGAAUUGCGAGGCCACGGUUGCCGAGGGAGCUUCGCUGCGCUGGAAUUUCCUAAGAACAGUCGAGGUCAAUCGAAGGCUCAAAGUCCCAUUCGUUAGAUGGCCUUUCGGACAAGACGAUGCGGUAUCGCCAGCUCCAGCUCCAUCCUCAAGCGGUGACGGCUUAGACGAAGCCAGCAUUCCAGGCCGUGUACCUCCGCCGGCUCCAGCUAUGCCAGGUACUCGAUCGUUCUCACAGGCAAGUCCUCCCAACUCUGUGACAAGCCUCGCAAGCUCGUCCAGCCCUUCGCGUGCUGCGGCAGUGGCCGUGGCAGUUCCCAUUACGGUGGUGGCUACGUUGAUCGUGGUGGGAGUUUUGUUCUUCUGCUACCGCAAGUUUAGAACGCCCAAGCUGGUCCCGGAUGAGAACAGCCACAGCAACGAGAAGGACGUGAAUCCGCUGAUCCCACCAAAGGGUCUAUACUGGAGCGAGAAUUCGGACGAGGGAGCUCGUCGGCCACCUCCGCAUCACCGGCUUCCUCCAGUUCCGUCGAAGGGAAAUCAGUUUGAUACUUCCGGACUGUCCACGCCUACGUCUGUGUCGGUGCUACGUGCUUCACACUCGGUUCCACCAGCGAAGACAGCGGUCCUUCCGCCACCUCCGUCUCACUAUCGCCCGAAAGCUGGAACUCGGUUUUCUAGAGACUAUGAUCUGGAUCAACCCGGGGAACGAGAGCAAGCCGGUGCUCGAUCUAAUUCGAGAUACAGUGAUUUGGCAGACGAAGAAGAAGGGACUACGGCUGGUGUUUCGAAAGCGGAGCAAGCCAUGCACGCAUUGCCGGCUCAAGUAUCAAACAGGCGAUCGUCUGCUGCUAGAUACGAUCAAGUGACAAAAAGCCGGGAAGGAAUGCAGGCUUUCUUACCGCCGGCGGCGCCUCCUCCUCCUCUACCCGUGCCACCACCACGAGGACCUCCGCCAGGACCGUCACCUCCGCCUCCACCACCACCGGGGCCGCUACAACCACGUCCAGGGCCUCCACGUCCAGCACCACCACCAGCUCCGCCACCACCUCCACCGGGUCCAAGGCCUCCGGGGCCGCCACCACCACCCGGUCCGCCGCCGCCGCCAGGUUUGAGAGGCCCUCCACCGCCUCCAGGUCCGCCAGGUGCGCCGCCUCCUGGCCCUCCUGCAUUUGGCAAGCCAAAGCUUACGGUUGGGACAUCCUCACCUUCAGAGGCCAAGACAGCUCAGAAGUUGAAACCACUUUUCUGGGACAAGAUCAAGGCCAAUCCAGAUCACUCCAUGGUGUGGAACAACAUCAGUGGCUCGUUUGAAGUUGACGAAGAGAUGAUGGAGUCUCUGUUUGGCCUCGCUGCACCGCCUGCUGGUGGCAAGCUGGCAGGAGCUUCUCGUGCGCCGGCUCAACCAAAGAAAGAACAGCUUAUUGACGCAAGGAAAGCUCAUACCAUGGCAAUUCAGCUUCGUGCUCUAGGAUUAAGAAAAGAAGAAGUAAAAGACGCAUUGUUGGAAGGUGACGGCCUCUCUGUCGAAUCACUGGAGGCAUUGACGAAGAUGGCACCCACCGAUGAAGAGGAACGCAGGUUGCGGAAUUUCAAGGGAAACUUUGCCGAAUUGACCUUGGCGGAGCAAUUCCUUUUGCGCAUUAUUGAAGUUCCUUUCGCAUUCCAACGGCUUCAAAGUAUGCUGUUCAAAGAGCAGUUUGAGGACGAGCUCUUGCAAGUCGAGGAUUCUCUAAAGAUUUUCAAGACUGCAUGCGUUGAGCUCAAAGGCAGCCCGUCCUUGAAGAAGCUACUACAAGUCGUCCUGAGAAUUGGCAACCGGAUGAACGUGGGAACAUUCAGGGGCGAUGCCCAGGCUUUCAAGCUCAACUCGCUCCUGAAGCUCUCGGACGUCAAAAGCGUCGAUGGCAAGACCUCAUUACUCCAUUUCAUCGUCCAGGAGGUAGUCCGGGCGGAGAACGCACAGGCCCGCAAGUCUCCCACCGCGCAAAGCCCGGCUCGUACAUCCUCCUUCAUGCUCGACAACAAACAGGUGGAGCUCGACAAAGCCGGGCGACAGGACAUGCAAGACGACUUGAAGCAGAUUGGCACGCAAGUCAUCCUGGGGAUCAACGCGGAGCUGGAGAACGUCCGGAAGGCAGAUGGGCAGGAUUUCGACACGCUCAAGAACUCCGUGUUCAAGCUGGUUACUGGGCUCCAAAGCCUCGAGAAGAGCCUGGCGGCGUUGCGAGACACGGCACCAUCGUCGCGGGAGAAGGGAGAGGAGGAGGAGGAGGAGGAGGAGGACGUGUUCCUGGACGUGAUGACCAAGUUUAUGUCACGGUCCGUGAGCAGCGUGGAGAGGGUCAAGCAGGAGUAUGACACGGUGCUGGUGGCGGUGAAGAAGCUCAACGUCUACUUCGAUGGCGAUGCCAAGAAGGACGACGCCACCGCGUUCCAGAUCUUCCACAUCGUCAGCCAGUUCAUCGUGAUGCUGGAGCGAGCGUGCGCGGACACAUUCGGCAAGAAGAAAUGAGCAAGCCAAGCAAGAUCAUCGAUAUCUUUCUUCUAGCGAGCCCAGCAAGGUCAUCCAUAAGUUUCUUCGCGCCGAGCAAGAUCAUCUAUAUCUUUCUUCGUACGGUGGAAGCUUGGGAUCGCUUCCGAGCGACCGAAGAGGAUCGACGAAAUCACCAUCGACGUGAUCCUUGAGGACAAACUCUCGUCAUUCUCGCCAGAUUCAUUGGAAGAUCACCCAAGAACCACUGGUCAAACUCCCUGGACCGGCUCUCGUUGACCUUUGACCGAUAUAAACUUGGCUACUUCUAUAUUAUGUGAAGAGAAGCUCUUAAGCGAGGAA